AUGUUUUCCGCACCGCCAGCCACCAUAAAUGGCGCAGACAACUACAUAUCUCCCGACCCACUGACCGCCAGAGAAUUUGGUGAGGCCGAAAUGGAAACAAUUCUCGACGGCGACGACACAGAACUGCCUGAGAUAACUCUCCCAGGAGCACCCAUCCCCGAGGGGCAGGUGGAGGAAUGGCAGAAGAGCCGAAACAUGGGCUUUGUCAUGGAUCCCGUGAUUGCUCGCGGAAUUGCUUGGUUCGAUGCAAAGCCCGGGCAAGACGGACACGCUACAAAGGAGGAUCGGACUCUGUAUCCAACAACCACACGCGUCGGAGACGAGUGGAGCGACAACUACAAGGGCUUCGUGGCCGAAGCAUUCGCAACGACACUUGGUCCCCAGGCCGCUGAAGAUCUGACGCAACGAUUCGCAGACUUCAUAGAGAGCAUCAAGCAUUAUCGAGAGGAGAUCCGGAAGGAUGUCGAUAUUGUCGAAGCCGAGCCUCUGGAUGACGCGUACAGUAUUGCUCUGUGCAUUUACGCCGUGUACUUUCACAAUGGAGCCGCUGGGCAGUCAGGUUUCUUUGGUUCCCAGUCCACAUACGAGGUUAGACAGCCUCUGGUGGAAUGGGUCAACGUCUCAGAACAGCAGCCCAGUGUCGAGCUGGGCAAGGAAGUCAUGUCACAGACCCCGCCGGUCCAACAUAAGGACUUUUGGAAGUACAUUUACCAACUGGUCUGUCGAGGUAUGCUCAAACAAGCCUCUCAUUGCUUGCAUAACAGUGGAGCAGGGGAAGUCGAUCCUUCCUGUCAGGAAACACUCGAACAGACUAUCGACAUUCUCAGCAGAUACCCCCAGGGACCCGGAAACGUAUCCUUUUACUUCCGACAAUGGCACAACUCCAUUAGUACCGUUCAGAGUAAGCUGCUGAAGAUCAACGACGCAAAGAUCCAGAAGGGACUCACUACUCUGCUUCAGGUGCUUGCCGGAGACGAAGACGCCAUCAUGGGCACGAAUCACACCUGGUACGAUGCUCUGGUAACCCAGCAGCAGUACGUGGAUCCCUGUGAUUCUCGAAUGAAGGGCUACUAUGAUGCCGCUGUUGCCAAUUAUCCGGUGGACACUUUUACCGUCUGGGAAGCAGGGGCCAGCCACGCCAUCAAGGGUUCAUUGCUGCUGGCUAUUGAAACCCUGGAGAACUGCGAUUCAGUCAUUGCUGCUCUUGUGUCUAACAUGUGCUACGAUGCCGGUCUUCUCAAUGGAUAUGGGGCUGCGAACCCUGCGGCUCUGCCCGAUUACCAUCUCACUAACCUCGCUUUGCAGUGUAUUGGCUACGACAAUCUCAUCAACGUCGGAAUCGAGGUUCUGCAGAAGCUGCGAGACGUUGCCCCUGCCCGUCAGAUUCUCAGUCUGCUGCUGCCUCGCCUACCCUACGAUUCUGCCCGUGAAAUCGACUGGGCCAUCAAGAAAUGUAAGCAGAACGGACUAGUGGAAGUCGAGGCCGAGAUUCUUCAGACGCUCGCACAAAAGGCCAUCCACAACAACAACAAUCUCAUGGGUCUCUGCAUGUUUGCCAAGAACGGCAACAUUGCAGCUCUCCGAUACCACUGCUGGAAGCUGUUUAAAAAUGCUCUUGUGGCCGAGUCUCCCGUGGAAGGAGAUAAGAGCCUGGCAGACUACGUUAAGGAUCCUGCCUCUGUCUCUGACGUGCCUGCAGAGGUGGCCGAAUGCAUUGCUCCUUACGCUGUUCUGACAGAGUACUUCAACCUGAGACGCUCUGGCCAGCUGGUCAAGUCGUCUGAGUAUCUGCUGGCUCUGUUUGAGUUCCCACUCCUGCCCACCGAGUACCUGGGUCUGCUGAUCCACCAGCUCAUCAACUACGUGUCGCCCAUCAGUCAGCAGUUCAACUUCUCCACGUCACAGUUCAUGACUCUGCUGUCGGCAUUCGACAAGUGGGACAAGUCCCAGGGCACUCCUGCAUUCGAGCAAGGCGAGGAGCUGAUCAAGGAUAUGGUUGACCACUCCUCCGAUCAGAAUGACUGGCGCAAGACAUUCAAGAUCCAUGAAUUGGUGAUGUCCGAGCUGCGCCUUGCUCGAACCAGUGUCGCUACCAUGUCCUCCCUUAAGGGACUGGGAGGAAGAUAG